GUUCUUACAAAACAACACACGUGAAAACGACCGAAAAGAAAAAUACACGUUAUUUGUGUACUGUAAGAGUUAAUUUUCAGUAAAAAACAUGACAACUGAAGAAGAACAAGUAGAGGAGCCUGAUCAAGAGGAUGACAGUAAAAAGGACAAAUCAAAGAAACAUGAUUCAGGGGCGGCAGAUUUAGAAAAAGUUACUGAUUAUGUCGAAGAAACGGAAAUCUCGGCACAAAGUAUUGGCGAUGCUAUGAACAAAUUGACAGAGAAAAAGACCAAAGAAAGAGCAGAAUUUAUUGCAAGAGAAAAAGAAUUGUCAAAGAUAAAAAUAAGUAAAGAGGAUGUGGAUCUUAUUGUACUUGAAAUGGAGAUUGGUAGAUCUUUAGCAGAAAGAAAGCUACGAGAGCAUAAAGGAGACAUUGUAGAAGCUUUAGUGGAAUUGACUAACUAAUAUGUUUAUAAGAUUCAUAUAGAAAAACACAUUUGUUCUUUAACUGUUUGAUGAGCAUCUGAAGAACAUAACUGGAUUCUGCCAUGGCUGCAAUAGGAAUAGCUUCAUUAACUAGUGAAAUCAUGGAGUGACUUUAAUUUUUCCAUGUUAAAAUUUUAGAUCAGGCCAGAAAAAUUCUACCUGUUUCAGUUCUGUUUUUAUACGACCGCAAAAAAAUUUUGUGGUCGUAUAUUGGUAUGACGUUGGCGUCGUCGUCGUCGUCGUCGUCCGAAUACAUAUUGGUUUUCGCACUCUAACUUUAGUUUAAGUGAAUGGAUCUUUUUGAAAUUUGACCAUAAGGUUAAAUACCACAAAAGGAAGGUUGGGAUUGAUUUUGGGGGUUAUGGUACCAACAGUUAAGGAAUUAGGGGCCAAAAAGGGGCCAAAAAUGAGCAUUUUCUAGUUUCCAGACAAUAACUGUGGAACGGUGUAUGGAUCUCUCUGAAAUUAUACUACAAGUUUCCAUACCACAAAGGGAUGGUUAGGAUUUGCUUUGGGGGGUUAUGGCUCAAACCGUUUAGGAAUUAGGGGCAAAAAAGGGGGAAAAACAAGGUUGUCCUGGUUAAUGGACAAAUACUUUAGUACAAAACAUAAUUUAAAGCAGUGUAAGGGAGAUAAAUCAAAUACAUCAUUGAAAUUAUCUCCCUUACACUGCUUUUAAAUUAUGUAUAAAGUAAUGGUUAAUGAACAAUAAAGAUAAUCUAAAACAGUGUAAGGGAGGUAAUCCAAAUACAACGUUUUGGUUACUUCCCUUACACUGCUUUUAAAUUAUGUUUCAAGAAAUGCAUAUUUAUAAAGGAAGACCAGUAAAAAUAUCUGCAAAUGUUUUCAUCUUUUUUUUUUACAAAAAAAUCCAUAUGAAAGAUUUGACACUAUAUUUUUAUUAAUUCUAUUAUGAAAUAGAUUAAGUUAGCACUAUGGUAAAUUUAAAUGGGUAAUUAUGGUUGCCAACUCCAUUGGAAAUUUGAAUUGAGAUUAUGACCAUAUCUUGAGGGAAAGAAUUUUUUUGGGGGAAAAAGGGGGGGGGGGAUAAAAAGAAAUUGUGGGGGGCCAAUUUUUUCUCAUUUCAGAUUUCAGAAAUUAAAAAGAAUUAUUCUUCAAAUAUUAUUUUUUUUUCAAAUUUCAAAUAUUGAAAAAUUUCAAGAAGUAAUCUUUAAUUGCACAGUAUGGCGCAUUAGAUUUGUAAAAUCUUUGAUCACAUUUAUUUAUUUGUUAUGCCGAAUCUAACAGUGUAUUUAGAUUUUUAAUUUUGGGUCCAGUUUUCAAAUUGGUCUACAUUAAUGUCCAAAGGGUCCAAAAUUAAACUUUGUUUGAUUUUAGCAAAAAUUGAAUAUAUGAGGUUCUUUGAUAUGCUGAAUCUAAACAUGUAUUUAGAUUUUUGAUUUUUGGCCCAGUUUUCAAGUUGGUCCAAAUUGGGGUCCAAAAUUAAACUUUGUUUGAUUUCAACAAAAAUUGAAUAUAUGGGGUUCUUUGAUAUGCUGAAUCUAACCAUGUAUUUAGAUUUUUUAUUUGUGGACCCCGUUAUCUAAUUGGUUCAUAUUGAGGUCAAAAGGGUCCAAAAUUAAACUUUGUUUGAUUUCAUCUAAAAUUGAAUUAUUGGGGUUCUUUGAUAUUCCAAAUCUAACCGUGUAUUUAGGUUUUUAAUUUUGGGUCCUGUUUUUUAAAUUGGUCUACAUUGAGGUCCAAAGGGUCCAAAAUUAAACUUAGUUUGAUUUUGACAAAAAUUGAAUUCUUGGGGUUCUUUGAUUUGCUGAAUCUAAACAUGUGUUUAUAUUUUUGAUUAUGGGCCCAGUUUUCAAGUUGGUCCAAGAUAGGGUCCAGUAUUUAAACUUUGUUUGAUUUCAACAAAAAUUGAAUAUAUGGGGUUCUUUGAUAUGCUGAAUCUAAACAUGUAUUUAGAUUUUUGAUUAUGGGCCCAGUUUUCAAGUUGGUCCAAAUUGGGGUCCAAAAUUAAACUUUGUUUGAUUUCAACAAAAAUUGAAUAUAUGAGGUUCUUUGAUAUGCUGAAUCUAACCAUGUAUUUAGAUUUUUUAUUUGUAGGCCCCGCUAUCAAAUUGGUUCAUAUUGAGGUCAAAAGGGUCCAAAAUUAAACUUUGUUUGAUUUCAUCGAAAAUUGAAUUAUUGGGGUUCUUUGAUAUGCCAAAUCUAACCGUGUUUUUAGAUUUUUAAUUUGGGUCCCGUUUUUUAAAUUGGUCUUCAUUGAGGUCCAAAGGGUCCAAAAUUAAACUUAGUUUGAUUUUAACAAAAAUUGAAUUCUUGGGGUUCUUUGAUAUGCUGAAUCUAAACAUGUGUUUAUAUUUUUGAUUAUGGGCCCAGUUUUCAAGUUGGUCCAAGUUGGGGUCCAAAAUUAAACUUUUUUUGAUUUCAACAAAAAUUGAAUAUAUGGGGUUCUUUGAUAUGCUGAAUCUAACCAUGUAUUUUGAUUUUGGACAUUGGACCAUAAUAGGUAAAUUAAAAAAAUUCAAGUUCUUAGACCACAUUCUUUCUGUGUCAGAAACCUAUGCUGUGUCAAAUAUUUAAUAACAAUCCAAAUUCAGAGCUGUAUCAAGCUUGAAUGUUGUGUCCAUACUUGCCCCAACUGUUCAGGGUUCGACCUCUGCGGUCGUAUCAAGCUGCGCCCCAGCGAAGCAUUUUAUUUAUUUUAUUAUUGAAUUUAUUUUUUAGCUAUGGAAUAAUGGUAUUUGUGCAUAUAUGAACAUUUUUGAAAAUAGAGAUUAUUCUGAGAUGAACAUGAACAUUUAA